GUUCUAUCCUCCACAUCGGCCGAUUUAAGAUCUCGGGUCUUCCAGCAUCUCCUCCAACGACGAGGGGUUCCGCUAUGGCUCCUUGUUCGAGUUCACGGGUUCUAUCAUCCUCCUCCUCCUCUUUUGGGGUGAUCAAAUACGAAAUGUUUUUGAAUUUUAGCGGAAAAGACACCCUCAAAGACUUCAUCGCCGCCCCCCACGUCUCUUCCAGCCCCCCACGUCUCUUAAAGAUGCAGGAAUCUAUUUCCCUGUUUUAUUUUUUUUUAUGAUUUAUCGUGCAUAGCAUCACUGAUGUAAGAGGCGAAAAAGAGAGAGAGAGCCACAUGGUUCCUUUUCCCUCAUUGACCUGAAAAUCCCUCUGCUAUUCUCCACAAGCUAUUUAUGUCGCCUCUUCCUUAUCCUACAGAAACAUCUUUUUUGAAAUUGAUCUGUUCUAACGAGGGGAUCUGCUAUGGCUGCUUCUUCGAUUUCAACAUUGGUUCCAUCCUCGAGCUCCUUCCUUUCUUUUGGCUCUUUCAAAUAUCAAGUUUUCCUGAGUUUCAGGGGAGUAGACACCCGCCAAGGGUUCACGUGGAACCUCUACAAUUCUCUAAAAGAUGCAGGAAUAUUUAAAACCUUUAUAGAUGAAGAGGAUAUCGAGGCUGGUCAGGAAAUCGAUGGAAGGCUUCUGGAAGCAAUUGCAAAUUCAAGGUAUUGUGUGGUCAUCCUGUCGAGCCGAUAUGCUGAUUCUAAGGCGUGCUUGAUGGAAUUGGCAGCGAUGUUUCGACUCAAGAAGGAGAUCAUCCCCGUCUUCUUCUACGUUGAGCCUUCCAACGUGAGCCAUCAGAGUGGCCCUUUCGAAAUGGCUUUCUCCACUCAUCAAAAGUGUUCUAGAGAUGUUGACGAAUGGAGACAAGCAAUGAGCAAAGUUGGUCAGCUUAAAGGUUUUCUUCUUAAUCGUCAAUCAAGUAAGAAAGAAGCACAAGUGAUACAAGAAAUUGUGAAAAGAGUAGGUGGGCACAGUGAUAACGUAAUGUUGCAUGUGGCAGACCAUCCUGUGGGAAUGGACUCCCGGGUUGAAGAAGUAAUGAAAUUGCUAAGUAUUGAGGAAGGAGGCGUUAAAAUGGUUGGGAUUUAUGGGAUGGGAGGCGUGGGCAAGACAACACUCGCAAAGGAAAUACAUAACAGACUCCAGGACAGGUUUGAUAAAGCCAUCUACAUAGAAGGCAUCAGGGACGGAGUGAAGAAAGAUGGGCUGGCCAAAUUGCAGCAACAAUUCAUUUCCAAGGCAUUUAAACAUGGAACCUUAGAUAUAUACAACUCUAGUGAGGGGAUGGCUCAGAUCAGAAUGAGAUUCCGUCACACAAGAUUGCUUGCUAUUCUUGAUGAUGUUGACCAUAGGAAUCAACUGAAAGCAUUAGCUGGAGGAUGCGACUGGUUUGGUGAAGGAACACGGAUUCUCAUCACCACUAGAGAUCUGCAUGUGCUGGAUGCACAUCGAGUAGAGAGAAAACAUGAAGUACAUGAAUUGAAUUACAGAGAUUCACUACGGCUGUUCAGUUGGCAUGCUUUCAACAAUGAAAAACCCACUGAGGAAUACGCGGAGAUAUCUGAGCAAGUUGCCGGAGCUGCAGGGGGACUUCCGCUAGCACUCGAGGUGCUUGGCUCAUCGUUGAUUGGAAAGAACAAUAAAAGAAUAUGGCAGGAAGUGGUAACAAAGUUGAGGGGUCUUGCAUAUAAUGAUAUCGACGGGUGCCUAAGAAUAAGCUAUGAUGGGCUUGACCAGGAAGAAAAGAACAUAUUUUUGGACGUUGCUUGUUUCUUCAUUGAUGAGAAAAAAGAGCACAUUAUUGACAUAUUAAAAGGGUGUGACUUCAAAGCCCCAGAGUUAACAAUCGAUGCCCUUUCGCAAAAAUGCCUUCUUGAGGUGGAUGACCAUGGGAAGCUACGUAUGCAUGAUUUGUUACGAGACAUGGGAAGAAAUAUUUCCUCUCGUAGCAGGCUAUGGGACCAACAGCAAGUGUGGGAUGUAUUGGAUGGACACGCGGGGACUCCUGAAAUUGAAGGCAUAGUUUGUCGAAAGGUUCCUGAACGAGAAGAAGAAAAUUUGGACGUGGAAGCAUUCACUAAUAUGUCGAAUCUAAGGCUUCUUCACUUAAAUGACAUCCACCUCAUGGGUGACUUCAGCAAGAUGGCCAUCAGUUUGAGAUCAUUAGAAUGGAAGUAUUGCUCCAUGAAAAUGCUACCUGACAAUUUCAACAUCCAAAAGAUUGGAUUCUUAGACUUGUCAAGGAGCAACAUUAUUCAAGUCUGGAGUGAUAGCUACAUGUCAAAGAAAAAGGUUUUCACUAAUCUGAAGUCGCUUGACCUUAGUGAAUGCAAAGAACUUGUGAAGCUUCCUGAUUUUUCUUGUUCCUUGAAGCUAGAGAAGCUAUACCUUCAGAACUGCUCCAAGUUGGUGUCGAUUCCCGAUUCCAUUUGCCUUCUUAAGCAUUUGGUUUACCUUAAUAUUUCAGGGUGCCAACUUAUAAGGGAGCUGCCAAAUGAAAUUGGAAAAUUAGAGAAGUUAAUUGAGUUGUACCUUCAUGGCACUAAGAUCGAUGCACUUCCUCAUUCAAUAAGGUCACUCCACAAGCUAGAGAUAUUGUCCCUAAAUGGUUGCGAGAAGCUACAAAUGCUACCAACUGUUGCCACAGCUUCAGGAGAAGUUGAGGGCCAGAUUCUUGAAGAAGCGAGUCAAUUAAGAGCAUUGCUUGAUUUUGUAGGAAACCUGAAAAACUUAAGCGAGCUUAGGCUAUGCCAGAACAUGUUGGAAAAGAAUAUUCCUGAUCAGUCGGUGGAAAAAUUAACAAAUCUCGAGAAAUUACAAGUGGGUGGAGAACUAAGAGAGUUGCCCAACGCUAUCAGUAACCUGACCAAACUAUGUGAGCUGGACCUGUCUGGUUCAAACAUCGAACUGCUUCCUGAAUCCAUUGGUUUCCUGCAGAACUUGAAGAUCCUUAAUUUGGAGGACUGCAAAAUGCUGAAAUGCCUUCCUGAGUCAAUCAGAAGUUUAACCAGACUUGAGGAGCUAAACUUGAGUCAUUGUGACACUCUAAGGGUACUGCCAAGUUCUAUUGGGGAUCUGAGGAAACUGAGAGAGCUUGUUCUUGCAUAUGUUCCGAUUGAAGAGCUCCCUAAUUGCAUACAGUUUCUCGAAAGUUUGACCCAUUUGAAUAUUUCACACUGCGAUAAGUUGGAAACUGUGCUACCAUUAUGGGAACUGAAAAGUCUUGAAAGAUUGACAGUGGGUUCUAUUCUUGAAGUUUGUGGCCAGGGUGUAGCUAACCUAGUGCAGAUGAGUGCCAAGUCUCCCCAUACUCAAGAGUGUAGGACGAUCGAUUAUCUUUGCACUAUAGAGCUGGCAGACUUGUGGUUCAUAUCAAUUACGGUGGGGGAUCAGAGAAGGGUGAUCUUUUUGUUGGAGUUGAAUUUCCAAGGACACACUGGACGAGAGUGGUUGAGUCUCAUUUUCCCUAAUGACUUCGUCGACCGUCAAUACCAAAGCGAAGACUGGUCACCCGAUCUGGGAGGAACAUUGAGUACUGGAACACCUAAUUUACAUUGCGUACGCGUGAUUGAUUUAUCUUACAGUGACAUGGAAGAGCUCGACGAAUCUAUAGUGCAUUUGCCGAAUCUAAAGCAACUCUAUCUGUCUGAUUGUAAAAAGCUCAAGUGUCUGCCUAUUUCUUUUGGAUGUUUGACUAGGCUCGCGUUCCUAUCUUUAUGGGGUUGCGAGUCUCUUACGGCGUUGCCCGACUCCAUUGGGGGCAUGACAAAUUUGUAUUCUCUUUCACUCGGACGAUCUGGCAUUAAGGAGUUUCCUAGUACCAUGAAGUCUCUCUGUGGCCUCUGUUUUUUGAACAUAAACGCUUGCGUUAAGCUGAGUGGCGGCUUACCUUUAUUGGACUUGGAAGGGUUGGAGAUAUUGGAGGUUGAAGUUGGAUAUGACAUGGAAGGAGAGGAAGUCGAUGAAGAAGUGCCGGAUGACAUGGUAGAGAUGAGUGGAUAUUCUGAACAACUUCAACAGUUCAGGAGAAUUCGUUUCAUGGGAUGUGGUGAUACUCCUGAUGAUAUGUUAGAUCUAUGGGAGUUGUCAAUUACAACGGGGGAUCACCAGGAGAGGGUUAUCCGAGUGUGGGAAUAUGUUUGCUUCGCAGGUUUAAAGAAGUGGCAAUGGCUUAGGCUCAUUUUCCCUGAAGACUUUGAUCGGGAACAAAGGGCUGCAAGUUGGGCCACAUUGAGCAAGCAACUGGGCCAACACCUUGACCCUAACGCAGAAGUCCUUACUGCCACGCCCAUGCUUCAAUUAUGUGAGAUCGACAUCCAAAGGCUUCCUGAUACCAUAGGAUGUCUUCAGAGUUUGAGGAUACUACGUUUACAUGAGUGCAAACAGCUGACGUGCCUUCCCGAGUCCAUUGGUUAUCUGACCAGACUUGGAGCCUUAGAAUUGCAUGGUUGUACAUCUCUGUUGACAUUGCCCAAUUCCGUUGGAAACUUGACCAAACUUGAGAUGCUAGCAUUAGUUUCCUGUACAUCCCUAACGUUGUUGCCUAAUUCUAUCGGCAACUUGAAAAGAUUGUGGUUGCUUAAUCUCAGAUAUAGUAGCAUUGAAGUGCUUCCUGAUUCUUUUCCGCUGCUUGAGUCUCUCAAAUGGUUGUAUAUCAGAGGAUGUGAUAGACUGCGAGGUCGCCUGCCUCUGUGGGAGAUGAAAUGUCUAGAGGUAUUGGUCGUAGGAGGUGAAGGCAACCAAAAGGUUGAAGGUGAUGAUGAGAUUGGGGAAGGCAGAUUUUGUGAAAUCCCGGAUGGCAUCACCCACUAUUCUCAACAGGCUAAUGAGUACAGGAGAUUCCACCGCAGCAGCAUCCAAGAUGAUCCAGACUACGUGAAACGAGAGUUGUCAAUUUGGGUGGACGGCAGUCAGGAAAGGGAGAUCAAACUAGUCGUGUUUCCUCCAUGUGAAGGCAGGAAAGGCCAAUCGUGGUUGAGGCACAUUUUCCCUGAUGACUUCACUCAAUAUGAUACAAGGACAAGAUCAGAAGCUUCUACGAGUCGUUCCUUUCCACUAGAUACAUCGGCUGCUACUGAAGCAAUCGUUGCUGAGGAAAAAACAAUGAUCGGUUUGGAAUCUGAGCCCCUUGUCAGUUUAACUACUUGGUAUGACUUUCUUAAUUAGUUGCUCAAUCAUUUGGGAAGAUUGCUUUCUCUGAGACUAAGACUCAUCACCUGUAAAUACAUGAGAGUUAUCGGAAGAGUGCAUGGAAUUGGAAUAUCAAUUCAUUUCCUGUUA